AUGGCCGCCAAGCUUCACCGUUUGAGUUGAAUCUUCCCUCCUUCUAUUCUAACCUCCUUGAUUAAAUGUGGAAAACCGAACUUCUGUUUGUGUCUUCUAUGUAUGUAAUUCUAUGUCACGAAGGUAAACAAAAGUGAGUGUGAUAAUGUUACAAUAUCCUGUAACUAAAUUAAUAAGUCACUUAUCAAAGUCAAGAUAUGUAUUUCACCAGUUUUCUUAUUUAAGCGGUUAUGCAGUGAAAUACAAAGAUUAUGGGGAUCCGAAUAAUGUUUUGGAACUUGUAGAGUACGAUGUUCCAGAUAAUCUUGAGUCCCGGCAAGUUCUAUUGAAAAUGCUUGCUGCUCCUGUAAACCCUGCUGACAUUAAUAUGAUUCAGGGAAAAUAUGCUGUGAAACCCGAAUUACCAGCAAUAGGAGGAAAUGAAGGAGUAGCAGAAAUUUUAAAAGUUGGAUCUUCUGUCAAAAAUCUGAAAGUAGGUUCAUGGGUCAUUCCAUGUUCUUCAGGGUGGGGCACAUGGAAAACUCAUGCUGUCUGUAAUGAAGACGAAGUUUUAAAGGUUGAUGAGACUCUUCCUUUGGUUAGUGCUGCUACCAUUGCUGUAAACCCAUGUACAGCUUACAGAAUGAUAAAGGACUUUGAAAAUUUAAAGCAAGGUGAUAGUAUUAUACAAAAUGGGGCCAAUAGCAGUGUAGGACAGGCUGUUAUACAAAUUGCCAAAUAUUUAAAAAUAAACACCAUUAAUGUUAUUAGAGAUCGUCCUAAUUUAGAAUCCUUGAAAUCUUAUUUGACAUCAUUAGGUGCUUCUUAUGUUGUGACAGAAAAUGAAUUAAGGACUCCAACAAUGAUCGACAUACUGAAAAAUAUUCCAAGACCUAAACUUGGUUUUAAUUGUGUUGGUGGUAAGAGUGCUGCAGAACUAAUACGGCAUAUGACUGAUAAAGGUACUAUAGUUACAUAUGGAGGAAUGUCUAAACAACCCAUAACAAUUAGUACAGCUUGCUUAAUUUUCAAUGAUAUCAGACUUCGAGGUUUCUGGAUGACACAAUGGAAUAAAGUGCACUCGGCAGAAGAGAGAACAGAAAUGCUAAAUGAGAUCACUUCUAUAAUUAAAGGAGGAGGAUUAAAACCUCCUGUAAAUCGAAUGAUAAAAUUUCAGAAUUUUAAAGAAGCUGUUGCUAAAUCGAUGGAACCAUAUAUAUCAGAAAAACAAAUUUUAGUAAUGUAGAUGGUGUUAGUCCUGCAUUUGAGCUAGGAAUUUAAUUAAAUAUGCUAUAUUUUGUACACUGUUGUUUUUUAAUAGAAAAUAGGGAGCUAUUCAUGUAGCUUUCACCUUGUGAGAGAGAUAUUUUUUCUAGAUUUCUCAUUUAUUUUGAUACCACUGAAUCCUAAAAUAUUUAAAAAUAAAAAAGGAAAAUAUAUAA